AUGUCGAAGGUGAUACCGCACCAAUUGCGUGCGGCAACCUUCGGCAAAGGGAAUCAACCAACCCGCAAAACCUCGGUGCUGGCCACGACCCCGCGCAACUCCAGGAAAAAGCCGACAGAGGUUCCAGAGCAAUGGACAAACGCGCUAAUCAGCUCCUCACCUGGACACCUUCAAAGACUACAAUACGUGUUCCUUCCGACGGUGCCACUGGACAAAUUGUCACUAACUACUAUGAUUAUGCAGUCAGACGUCGAGUUGGACGGUGACGAGCCACAAGUUCUGCAAGUCGUGCCAGCGCCACCCGUACGCAGUGGUGGAGGCGAUGACGAGGCAGAACCUCCGCUCAAGCGACAGCGUCAAGUAAACAAGAACGAGAAAGCCCGCAAAAAAGGCAUCACAUACUCUGUGAAAGCAGACUGCAUGCUCAUGAACGAGGUGGUUGGCGAUGACGGGAUCUUCGAGCUUCAUAACGCCUCGAAGACCGAGCGGUGUGUCGAAAUCACGGAGCGCCUUGGCUCAGCGCUGAACAAGAAGCUGUCUGCUGACGGUGUACGCAAGCACGUUGAUAAGUUGGAGAAGAAGUACCGAUCGAAGCGCGCAAAGGAGAGAGCCAUGUCAGCUACACCUGUGUAUAUCGCAGGCCAAGAACCACAUAAGUCUAUCGACGAAAACGAGCUGGAGCGUUUGAUGGAGGUUUACUUUCAGAAGAAGGACGAUGAAACCUUGGUACAAAGCAAGCGUAUCGAAUCCAAGACCAAAAAGAUUGAAGAGAACCGUGCCAAAGGACUAGCCAUCCGUGAGACUGCCCUAUUAACCGAGAAGCACACAACGAAGAAGUCCAAGCCCGCCAAAGCUCCGUCAGCUUUUGAUUUUUUGGAAAGACUGGAGAAACGUGCUGACGAGCGCAGAGAGCAAGAUCUGGAGCGUCUUCGUUCUGAGUGA